AUGGAUUCCGCCGCUUCCACCACUGCUCCAUCGUCAUCGAUCUCACCCGCAUCCACCACCAGCCCCACAUCGGCCGUGUCGUUGCCCCUGGUGAACACGACGCCGCCCGCGCCGCCGCCCACCCUGGCCUCGAUCGCUGAGAUGUUGGCCAGCAUGCAACUUCAGAUGACCGCCAUGAACAACCACCUGGCGGAUCAGGGAGCGCGCCUUUCGGCCAUCGACGGCAGGCCGGCGUUCCCUCACUUCGGCUUGCUAGAGUUUGGGGGCGUCCCUCGCCUGCCCGCAUCCUCCUCACCGAUGAUCACGGAGAUCGCGGCCGCCACUGAGAACUCCUCCGCUUCGGCACCGGUGGCACCGUCCAUGCCGCUGUCCCUUCUGGCGCCGCCGCAUCCCCAGCAUUACCAGCAGGCGCCAACGCCACCGCCGGGGGGGGGUGCUGAUCACUCAGAUCAGGUUUCCGCCCUCCCCGUCGCCAAUUCCAGGGUUCGGGGCCCUGGCUCCUAUGCCGCUCCCGACCUCCGCUCACAUGGCACCAUCACAACUGCCGUGGUGCCGAAGUACCACAAGAUCACCUUCGACACGUACGAUGGCCGCGAUGACCCCCUGGGGUGUCUCAACAAAUGCGAGCAGUUCUUCCACGGACAGCUCACUCGGGAGGUCGACAAGGUGUGGAUGGCCUCCUAUCACCUGAAGGGAGUCGCCCAGCAGUGGUACCUUGUACUGGAGACCGACAUCGGCCGCCCAUCGUGUCCGGAUUUCCGUCGAUACUGCCUACAGCGCUUCGGCCCUGCCCUCAACACCAACCACCUGGCCGACCUGGCCAGGCUGCCGUUCGGCGCCAACGUGGACGCAUACAUGGAGGCAUUCCAGGCCAGGGCAGCGCACGCGGGGGACCUCACCACGCUGCAGCGCGCCAAGCUCUUCACAGGUGGCCUUCCUGACUACAUUCGGGUGGAUGUUGAGCUACACCAGCCCCAGAACCUUCAGCACGCCAUUCACUUGUUGCCUGAAAAAGCAAAGUGGAGAUAG